UUUCAAUAUUUACACCUAGCUUGUCCUCCAGUACAGUCGUGUACGCAAGAUACUCGAAAGUAAUUUUUAACUCGACACAAGUAUAAGUGAUCGUUGAAGUGUCCAAACUUGUGAUAAUGACCUUUUGAAUUUUGUGGUGUUUAAUUUCAUAUUGUUACUUGAAGUGCCAGUACUAAUAAAAUGACGGUGCCGGCCGGUAAUAUUGUCGUCGGUAUAAUGGAAGAUCUGUCUCCUAAGGAUCAUCAAGUGCAAAUAAAGAACAGACUACUUAUUUGGUGUUUGCUGUGGUGGCGAGCCAUUUUCGCCGAGUUCCUAUCGACAAUGUUUCUGGUGUUAAUCGGCUGCAUGACAUGUAUACCGAGCGACGCAAUUCGCCCCAACCCUCCUAUCUACGGUGCUCUCGGAUUUGGAUUUGCCGUGUUGUUUACUGUGCAAGUUUUCGGACAUAUUUCUGGUGCUCAUAUGAAUCCAUGUGUUACUUUAACUGCGGUGUUAUGGAAUAAGAUAUCUUUACCACUUGGUGUAGCUUAUGUUAUAGCUCAAUGUUUGGGUUCGAUUUUUGGUUACGGUAUUCUAAUGCAAGUGUCGCCGACCGAUUUGAUUUCUAAUGGUAUUUGUACGACUCAGCCCCACGAGAAGUAUACUGUGCUGCAAACUUUAGGCGUUGAGUUGAUUUUAACUUCGUCUCUGAUAUUUUUAGUCUGUGCAAUAUGGGAUCCUUUGAAUAGUAAUUCCCAGGAAUCUACUUCAUUGAAAUUUGGUUUCGCGGUAGCGGGGUUUUCGAUGGCGGGUGGUCCAUUGACAGGCGCUAGUCUUAACCCUGCGAGGUCCCUAGGUCCGGCCCUGUGGACGGGUGUUUGGACCUUUCACUGGGUUUACUGGACGGGUCCCUUGGUUGCCAGUAUGCUGGUGGCGUUAUUAUAUAAAUACACCUGGUUAAAACCAAGUCUUGAUGUAAAGGUAAACUUAGAACAGUAAUUCUAUUUUAAUUGUUUUUAGUGUGUUUUGUUUAGUGUGUAUACAGCUAAUGGAAUCAACGUUUUAAUUAUUAUAUUAUUGUAAUAUUAGUUAAAGCUAAGCAAAAUAGUCAUCAUCAUUCAUAUUAUUAAUCUUGUCUACGUCAGGAUUUAAGUUCAGAAUAGUAGAUGCUAUCCCUAUUGCUUUUUGUAUGUCUGUUAAAAGUAAGGUAGUAGGCACGUCGGUUUACGCAAAUUGUUUAUAAAACACAGGAUUCUGCUGCAUAUCCUUUGCUGGCACCUGUACCCUGAUGUCCUUACUGGAGUACUGGUGUGCUGAUUCUACACGCGUUGGAUCUUGGUAUCACGCGACAGUAUAUGUAUUGAGAAGAUUUUAAAGAAGUGGAUAAUUUCAUUAGUAAUGUAAAUCAUAAUAACUUCAUAAUAUUAAAGUUCAAAUAUGUUAUUAUGUAACAUAUAAAAAUAAAUAUGUUUUUUUUAAGAAAAUGUGAAUGUAAAUCUGUGAUUAC